AAAUUUCCACCCUCCCACGCACCCCCUUUGUAGUUAGUACCUCAUUCUUUGUAAACAAAGCUCAACCCCUUUCUUUUUGGGAGGUUUUCGUGGCUGUCCACCUCUAACUUCUCUCUUUCCCUUCUUGUCCUAAUUCUUCUUCAACUCUCCUUUUCUACCAUUUCCCACCUAUCUCACUUCUUCUUUUUGGAUUUUUAUCAGCUGCUCUCUCUGGCCUCUAUUGUUUUUGCAUGGUUGGUUUCUUGGUUGUUACAUUUUUAUUAUGCCUAGGACACUUGAAAGAGGACAGUGGGCAAUGUAGCAGGAAGUUGAGGACAAUUAAUAACCCUUUCUUUUGUAUCAGCUUUUAUCAAGAAAGGCAAAGGAAUUGGCCCUUCUAUCUGUAUUCUGUUUCAUCUCUGAGCAGAGGGUGGUUGUUGUUGUUGCAUUGGGGAUUUACACACUCUUCUUCUAUGGGAACCAAAAUGAAGGGGAUCUACAAAUACAUUUCUAAUAUUUUUGUUGUGAAGGAGAGGGAGAUAGAGAUUGGAUAUCCAACUGAUGUUAAGCAUGUGGCACAUAUUGGUUGGGAUGGACAAUCAGGCAGUGCACCUAGUUGGAUGAAUGAAUUCAAGACUGGGCCUGAAUUUGCAGCAACUUCUAUUGGUAAUUCUGGUUCUGCACAUUCUCCAUGGGCAUCUCAAGAUUACACAGAGUCAAUGAGACAGCAACAAACAUCUGAUCUUUACAGGGAUGUAACACCUUCAGUGGUUCCUAAGAAACAGAAGCGGAGGAUGAAGCCCAAAUCGACAUCCUCUCCCAGGUCUGGUUCAUCAUCCUCAUCUAGGUCAUCACGAGCAGAAAAAUCCAAGGCUAAAUUUGUCGAAGGCAAUGCUAAACCACUAAACAUAGAAGUGGCUUAAUGUUACAAACCUGUAGCUCAAACUGGGGAGAAUUCUGUCAUUGCCUAGCUAUCGGAGUUGUUCAUAGUCCUCAUGAAAGGAUUGAAGAGAAACGCGAGGAGGGUAUAGAAACUUGAGUAGUUGUAGAGAGUGUUACACCGCAAAUGUUAUAAAGUAAUAUGGAAGAAAACAAAAAAAGUAGUAGGAGGGCUUAGAGAUGUGAAAUACAAGGUGAAAAACUUUAGAACUUCCAAAACUAUGACUAUGUUUUGGGAGAGUGAUAAAUUCUUUUCUUUCUUUUUUUAUUUCGCUAUUUAUUUUUCUCGUAGUUUUAUCGUUCCUCUUCUUGGAACUACAACGAGGAAGGAUCGUGUAAAGAGUUGAAUCAUUUAGUGUAUUGGUUUAAGAUUGUACUAAUGCUAAUUAUUUGAUUUGAACAAACUCCAGGGAUUCUCUCAUCAUCCUGGUUUUCCUGUUCUUGAUUUGUUCUA